GAAAAAAACUAGGAGAGAGUUCAUUAUACUAUAUAGAGAAGUUUAAUUUCUUGCUAAGUCUCUCAUUGAAAGCUAGCUUUGAGUAUAAGUUAACUCAUAACACCUCAUUCUCUUAGUUGGUUCUCCUUAAAACCUUCUCUUGGUGUUUUCGCUAGAAAUUUGUUUUAAGCAUAAAUAAUAAGGAGAUAAUAAACUAAAGUACCAAAAAGAAAAUAUGGGUCUUGGAGGAACUUUGGAGUAUAUUUCAGAUAUGAUGAGCAGUGGUCAUAAAUCCAAUAAGAAGAAGAAACAGUUUCAGACAGUGGAGCUCAAAGUCAGAAUGGAUUGUGAUGGAUGUGAGCUUAAAGUCAAGAAAGCUUUGUCAUCAUUAAGUGGAGUUACAUCAGUGGAGAUAAACAGGAAACAGCAAAAGGUGACAGUAACAGGAUAUAUGGAAGCAAACAAGGUGCUAAAGAAGGCAAAAUCAACAGGAAAGAAGGUUGAGAUUUGGCCCUAUGUUCCCUACAAUUUGGUGGCUCAACCCUAUGCUGCUGCUGCUUAUGACAAGAAGGCUCCUCCUGGUUAUGUUAGAAGGGUGGAUCAGAACCCAACCACGGGAACAGUUUCAACAUUUGUGGAUCCUGCAUAUGUUACCAUGUUCAGUGAUGACAACCCUAAUGCUUGCUCCAUCAUGUAAUUAAAUCAACAAAUAUUGAUGCGGAUUUUUUUUCAUAAUGGUGGUGUUCAUGUCAGUCUAGACACAGUCAUGCACUAUAAAAUUUGUAAGGGCGGUGUUCAUGUCAGUUUAGACGCCGUCAUGCACUAUAAAUUUUUGUAAGGGGUGUUAUUAGUACAUGGUGUUUGUGUCAGUUUGUACGCAACCACGCACUAUAAAUUUUGUAAGGGGUAUUAUUAGUAUAUGGUGUUUGUGUCAGUUUAUACACAACCAUGCACUAUAAAAUUCUGUAAGAAUUAGUAGCAGGGUAUCAAACCGAAUAUUCAUAUA